UCGACGGCAAUGGCUACGAAUGACAAGUACGAUCGACAGCUACGGCUCUGGGGGGCCGAGGGUCAAAAGGCGUUGGCCGAAACGUGCGUAGUGCUGGUGAACACAACCGCUGCUGGAACGGAGACCCUUAAAAAUCUAGUCUUGCCCGGAGUGGGUGCCUUUUUGAUCGUAGACGAUCAGAAAGCAGUCGACGGCGACUUUGCUUCGAACUUUUUCGUCGUCCAGGAUGCGUCCAAAUCACGUUCCCAAAUAGCCUGUGAACUCCUGCGAGAACUUAACCCUGAUGUAGUCGGAAACUACAAGAGUGUUCCGAGUCUAAUGGAAGCGAACUGGCACUCUAUUCUCACUACUACUGGAAAAGCGAAGGUUUUAGUAGUUGCAAGCGAAUUGGAACCAAUCGUUUUGGAAACGGUGGCGGGUGCUUGUCAAAGUGCACGGCUGCCCUGCAUUGCGAUAUAUUCGUAUGGCUUGAUUGGAAUAGUUCGUCUUCAGGCCCCUCCAUUGCCCAUUCUCAAUCCCAAGCCUCGUGACGCCCGUCCCGAUCUGCGGUUGGUGCAUCCAUUUCCAGUACUAGCAAGUCUUGCGGAUUCGAUUGACUGGGACAAUCUGCAAAGUCAUGAGCACGGUCAUAUUCCAUAUCCGCUCAUCCUCUUGCGCAUCGCCAAAGAGUGGAAAGACACGCACGAUGGUUCCUUGCCGAGCACCUUCAUAGAAAAGCAAGAAUUUCAAUUGAUGAUUCCCAAGGCGAGCCGUGAUUUUGAUGCGGAAGAGAAUUUUCGGGAAGCACAGAAGCAUUCGUACUUGGCGUAUGCACCGCGCGAACUGGAUUUAGACCAUCUGGUUUCGCUGCGCGACGCCUCCCAAAAUGCGUCACCCAUUCUGUACGCUUGCUUGCAAGGUUUGGAUGCUUUUUUGCAACGGCACCCCUUGCAGCCGCCAUUACAAGGUACUAUUCCGGAUAUGACUUCUUCGAGUGCCUUGUAUGUACAGCUACAAAAAAUCUACAAAGAACAGGCUGAUUUCGAUUUUCAAGAAAUGAGAACUCUUGUCAACCCAACUAUUGUCUCAGACUCGACACUGCACGACUUUUGUCGGAAUGUAUUUUCCUUGGACUUGAUACCGAUUCGGUCGAUACGAGACGAAUACUACAACUCCCCAUCCAAUGAAAUUACGGAUGAACUUACCAUGGCAACCAUGGAAGGUGAUGAGCGCCCGGAACAAUUGCCUCUACUGUGGUAUUUGGCCUUUCGCGCCUGUCAAGCGUUUCAUGGAGAGUAUGGAAGAUAUCCAGGGACAGUAGAAGACUACGCCCUGGACGUCCCCAAACUCCAAACAUUCCUGUACAAGGUAGUCCAGCACUACCGGCUUACAGAGGUAGAACUCGUUCGAACGCAACUCAUCGAAAAUAUUAGUGUGGCCACCGAAAUGACGCGCUACGCGAAUGCCGAGAUUCACAACGUGGCUAGCGUGAUCGGUGGGGUUGCCAGCCAAGAAGCCGUCAAAAUCAUCACCGGGCAGUACGUUCCACUCAACAACACUUACGUGUACAAUGGAAUUGCGUCUGUGGGUGGUGUCUACAAAUUUUAG